AUGGAUUAACCGGCGUAAUUGAGUAAACUCUAUGACGUAAAAAUGGAUUCACCAAGUGAUUCGUCCAUCAAUUACAAAGAAGAAAAUGAAAUGUUGAAAACACACUUAAAGGCUUAUCAAGAAUUAAACAAAGAAGUGUCAAAUAAAGCUCAAGAAUAUAAAAUGCAAUUGAAUGUCGCCAAUAAUACAAUAACAAAUUUAACAACGGAAUUAAUGAAUGAAAAAACCAGAUUAGUUCAACUCAAAACAGGAAUAAUAAAGCUUAAUAAACUAAUCUUAACAAAUCAUGAGGAAUACAUGAAACAAAUAUCACAGAUUGCUGAGAUGUCGAAUCUAGUAUUAGAACUUCCAAAUCAACCACCAAAAGAAAAUAAUGGAUUAAUUUUUAAACCUAUAAGUCGUUCUAAUAAACCAGUCAACACAGAUCGUACAAACUUAUUAAAUACAAUAUGUGAAGAGUCGACAUCGAGAUUCUCAUCAGAAUCUUUAAUUUCAUCAACUCCUUUAAAUAGAAAUCAGCAUAAAGAAUUACCAAAAACAGUAAUUUGCAAUGAAUUCAUAACACCAUUACGUGCUGCCAAAUCUCCCAUCGCACCUUUUGUCACAUCAUGUACAAUGGCCAGCCCUUCCGUUUUAUCAAAUCCAGCUGAAGAUUCAAUUAAUGUUUCACCAAAUUCUUCUAAUCAAUUAGAAUUAGAUAAAUCCCUCAACAGUUCAGCGAUUGAUAGAAUUAAACAAAUGAAGUUGACAGUUGAUCUGUUCCACAUUGACAUUAACAGAUCAAUCAGAGAAAUUUACACGGCUGGUUUAUCAUCAAAUAUUACGAACACAAGACAUCAAACCGAAGACUUUGGUGAAGCUUCAGGAGAGGAAACCACUGAUGAGAAUACAAAUCCUGUGAAGAAGAAAAAAUCUCCUCAAGUUAAGAAAAAGCCACAGAAGAAGCAACAGAAAAAGCCGAAAAAAGAGAAAGCUGAGGAACCUCGAAGAUCCACAGGACGGCCCAAGCGACAAGCAAGAUUGGCAAUAAAAUCCUUAGCCGAAGCUUCACUUAACACAAAACUUCGUCGAGAUUAA